UUCCCCAAUUCCCAAACCCUCCUGCACGGCUGCGCUUCGCGAUCUCCGAUCCCCACCUGCCGCAGACCCUAGCCUUCUCUCCUCUCCGCUCCCGAUGGCCCGCACGAAGCAAACGGCGAGGAAGUCCACCGGGGGCAAGGCCCCGCGGAAGCAGCUGGCGACGAAGGCGGCGCGCAAGUCGGCCCCAGCGACCGGCGGGGUAAAGAAGCCCCACCGUUUCCGCCCCGGCACCGUCGCUCUCAGGGAGAUCCGGAAGUACCAGAAGAGCACGGAGCUACUGAUCCGCAAGCUCCCCUUCCAGCGGCUGGUGCGGGAGAUUGCGCAGGAUUUCAAGACCGACCUCCGCUUCCAGAGCUCCGCCGUCGCCGCGCUGCAGGAGGCCGCGGAGGCCUACCUCGUCGGGCUCUUUGAGGACACCAACCUCUGCGCCAUCCACGCCAAGCGCGUCACCAUCAUGCCCAAGGACAUCCAGCUCGCGCGCCGUAUCCGUGGCGAGAGGGCAUAAGGGUGUGGUCCGUCUUUCGUAGAGCCUGAUCUGGGGAAGUGUAGAGAUAUGGUCGUGCUCGCUAGCCUGUGUUUAGUCAUGGUGGUGUGGUGGGGUGGAAGUUUCAAUGUUAGUGAUGUCGUUGUGGUGUUCUGAUGUGAUUUUGUGUCUGAUGUUACCAGCUUAUUAUCAUCAGUAAUGGAAAUGGCGCCUAUCUGGUCUUA